AUGCUUAUUAUGCACCAGCUUACAGAAAGCUGAACUCCUCUGUUUUUGUGGUGCUUCUUCUUCUUCUUCUUCUUUGAUUUUUUUUUUGUUUUUCACUAUUUGCCUUUACUUAUUGGUUGCACUUCAGUUUCAUCUCUGUUUCUCUUUAGUUUCUCAAAGAUUGAAGAGGCUGUUUCUCCAUGAAGAUGCCAGUAGCAUUGCUCUUGCUGCUGGCACUAAGCAAUGUAAUUGGAGUUUAUGGAGAAGAGAGCAAUGGACAGUGUAAUCAUAAACCUAGUUUAUCUCCAAGACCACAUAGUGUUUCAAUUUUAGAGUUUGGUGCAGUUGGAGAUGGGAAAACAUUGAAUACAAUCCCUUUUCAAAAUGCCAUUUUUUAUCUCAAGUCUUUUGCUGAUAAGGGCGGUGCUCAGCUUUAUGUGCCGCCCGGACGGUGGCUUACGGGAAGUUUCAAUCUCACCAGUCAUCUCACACUCUUUCUUGAAAAGGGUGCUGUCAUUCUUGGAUCUCAGAAUCCAUCACACUGGGAUGUUGUAGAUCCCUUACCAUCGUACGGUCGAGGGAUUGAGCUUCCGGGAGUAAGAUAUAGAAGUCUAAUAAACGGCUAUAAGUUGAGCGAUGUAGUGAUAACAGGUGAUAAUGGAACUAUCGACGGGCAGGGUUCUGUUUGGUGGGACUGGUAUGAAUCUCAUUCUUUGAACUACAGCAGGCCUCAUCUGGUGGAGUUGAUAGAAUCUGAGCAUAUCAUUGUUUCAAAUCUUACAUUCCUGAAUGCUCCUGCAUAUAACAUUCAUCCAGUGUAUUGCAGAAAGGUUCUCGUUCAAAAUAUGUCACUCUCUGCUCCUUCAGAAUCACCCUACACAAUCGGCAUAGUCCCAGAUUCUUCAAAUAAUGUGUGUAUAGAAGACAGCAUUAUCAGAAUGGGUUACGACGCGAUAUCCCUCAAAAGUGGGUGGGAUGAAUAUGGAAUUGCAUAUAAUAGAGCUACAAAAGAUGUACACAUACGAAGGGUCCACCUUCAAUCAUAUUCAGGCUCUUGUAUAUCGUUUGGUAGCGAAAUGUCCGGUGGCAUUUCUGAUGUGCUUGUGGAGCAGGUCCACCUAUUCAACUCAUCAAGUGGGAUUGAAUUUAGAACCACCAAAGGUCGAGGUGGUUAUAUUAAACGAAUCCUUACAUCAAAUCUUGAUUUGGAAAACAUAAACUCAGCAUUCGGUGCAAUCGGUGAUCGCGGGUUACAUCCUGACGACAAAUUCGAUCCUCAAGCUCUUCCGAUUAUUGAUCAAAUCACAAUACAAAAUGUGACUGGUGUAAACAUUACUACUGCAGGAAACUUCACAGGAAUUGAAAAUUCUCCAUUCACCUCUAUAUGUCUCUUCAACGUCUCGUUAUUAACCGAUUCUGAAUCGAAUUCGUGGGUAUGUUCGAACGUUAUCGGCUUUUCAGAAUCCGUUUUUCCUGAACCGUGCCCUGAACUCAUUAGUCCGUAUUCAAAUUCUUCUUCUGCUUGCUACUCCCCCUCCCUCCUCCGCCUGAAUUCGGACGGCAAAUCUACCGCAAGCUUAUGAUUCUUCUACAGUUUAUUACAUGUCACUAGAGUAGAUCAGAUUCUUUCCAAUAAGACAAAUGUCUAGAGUAUUUGUUCCUUGGUUUUUUCUUUGGUUUAAAUCUGCAGAUUAUUUGUACAGCUUCCAUUACUUCAUUCAUGUGUAAGAAAAUUUUUGCUAGUGAUUUCAAGAUUAGAUUUGGGUUUGAUUUAAA